GGGACAAGCGUUACCCAACGGCCGGCGAAAUUAUUUUUUUCUCAUUCUGGUUUGAUGCUACACUAUUCCUAGAUUUUGUUUGUUGAACCAUUGUGUCGGAGAGAGAGAGAGUGAACACAAAUACUCGAACCAUCGUCUGCGCUUUGAAAACCUAAGUCUCUCUCGACUGGCUGCCCGUGGCGCCAAUCAUCUUCAAGACGAAGCUCCAGGGCUUGCCGAGACAGACCCCUGCUUUCGCAUCUUCUCCCUGCGCCUCUGGUGACAUUCACGUCAUCCUCUUUCCCACGCCGGGAGAACAAGAACAGCAAAUCACAGUUAUCAUCCACCGGUCGUGUGAUACUUAUCCUUAUUCACACACCUACCCUCUAACAACGCCAUCCCGAUUGACCCCGUUAUCGCUCCACGAGGCCCUCGCGAUUGGCACAGCCCUCUCAUGUUCUAAGCUCAAUUGAAUCCACCGCUAUAGGCUGCCGCCGCACGCCGCCUCCAAAGCAUCCAUCAGCCCUCAGCGCAUGUCCCAGUCCCCAAGGACAAGAAACAUCGUCGACGAAGCCUCCACAAUGGAACCAAAUGCGCCUUCAACUUCGGCACAUGCGCCACGCAAGAGAAAGAAUCACAGGGGCGGCAAGAAGAAGAAGCAGACUAGAAGAAAGUCAUUCGCCGGCCUUGCUCCCGAUGACGUCGAGUCCGGACUCGAUAGGCCUGAGGAUAUGGGCACUGGCCGUGAAGGAUUCUACUCCAGGCCUGGUCGUAAUGCGAGCAACACAAGCCUCGACAGCGAUGCUUUGUUAGAUCACAGAGAGCAUAAAUCCUUCAUCCGACCCCGACGUCCGUCAAUGAUGACAGCGAGCGGCUCCCUUCUCGCCACGCCCGGCGGUAGCAGACUGAAGCAUAUGAGCAGAGGAGACACCAGCGAGGAAGACGGAGAAGGAGCCCCGCUCCUAUCUAGCUCUGUCUUCCAACGAGGCGAAACAUUCCCGAGCUAUGGGUCCGGAGAAGCUACUCUUCGAAGAAGCGGUCCCGGCAGUCGUCACGAAUCGAGCAGGAGCAGUUCCAAGAGACGCUUCCUCGGAUCCGGGAACGAUACUUAUAAUGUCAACUAUCCGCCAUCGGUGCCGGGAACACCUCCGAUGCGCCCACUGGACCGCAUGGAUAUGAGCUUCGGCGAUGCUUUGCUGCGCGACGAGCUUGAAAACGGUGAUUCGCAGAGCAGGGAUUAUGACGAAGACGACCAUGAAUCGUUCCACAAUUCACCAUUGGAGAGGAGGAAGACAAUUGCUGCUUUGCAGGCUGAGGAGGAUGUGUGCUUUCCCCAAGAGGGCCUUUCUGAUAUCGCCGACGACGAGCUUGGGAUUCGCGAUGCUCAUGGUUACCGUGGGCGGGCGCGGAGACGUCGCCGCAAGUGGCCAGAUAUUGCUCUGUUGAAUGAAUGGAGUAGAGUCGAGAAGGAGGGACGUAGCGAGGAGCGCCGGGUGAAAAGGAUGGUAGAACCCCAGCUCAUCAACGGCAGACUGCGGCCUGUCCACCGCGGUUGGUUUCAGGCCGAGGAGGAAGCACCCUACCGGUUCACCUACUUCAACGAAGAGUUCCAAAGCACCAUUCACAGCCAGACUAUUGGAGAACUGGUCCAGCCCGGAGGCAGUUUCAAGGAGCUGUUCAUCCCAGACCCCCCAAUCCUGUCAGAUUCUUCCGAGAGCGAGGACGAAGACGAGGACCCAACAGUCAGCCUAUCGCAGGUGUUGGCUGGUCAAAACGGCGACCCUCGAAUCCCUGUCCGUCAACCGUCCCUCGCAACUAGCACAACGGCAAACGUUCAACACCAGGAUUUCGCCGAGCUUCGAAGAGAACGGACUGGAUCCGCUAACAACGGCCGGCCGAUGUCGACGGAGCCCAAAUCCCACCACAGUGAGCAAAAAGCCUACUCUGGGGAGCACACCCCCUCCCGCAUGCGAUCCCCCAUACCUGACCAUGUCAAAUCCCCCCAACCAGACAACAACAGCAGCAACAACAACAACAACAACAACUUCCACCCCACCCCCCAAAAGGAACCCAAACCCAUCCGGUAUGGCGAGCGCCCAGUCUGGUGGCUUGACAUUCUGAGUCCAACAGAGCAAGAGAUGAAGAUCAUCUCCAAGGCGUUUGGAAUCCACCCGUUGACAGCAGAAGACAUCAUGAUGCAGGAGCAGCGGGAGAAGGUGGAACUGUUUCGGCAUUACUACUUUGUCAACUACCGGUCUUUUGACCAAGACCAGUCAAGCGAGAAUUUCAUGGAGCCGGUGAACAUGUACGUGGUGGUGUUUAGGGAGUGUGUGCUGAGCUUCCACUUUAGCGUGACGCCCCACCCUGCCAACGUCCGCCGGCGCAUCCGACAGCUGAGGGACUAUCUGAUCCUGUCGUCGGACUGGAUCAGCUACGCCAUCAUCGACGACAUCACGGACGUGUUUGGGCCGUUAAUUCAGAGCAUUGAGGACGAGGUGGACGAUAUUGAUGAUGAGAUUUUGCAGCUGCACUCGACUACUGCCGCGGCGACGACGGAUCCGUAUGGCAGUAGGAAUAACAAGCAGGACGGGAGUAGUAAUGAGAAGAGGGAGUUGGGGGACGAUGCCGAGGCGGGGAGGGACAUGCUGAGGCGGGUGGGGGAUUGCAGGAAGAAGGUGAUGAGUUUGUAUCGGUUGCUGGGGAACAAGGCGGAUGUGAUCAAGGGGUUUGCUAAAAGGUGUAAUGAGCAUUGGGAGGUUGCGCCGAGGAGUGAGAUUGGGUUGUAUUUGGGGGAUAUUCAGGAUCAUAUUGUGACGAUGACGUCGAAUUUGAGUCAUUAUGAGAAGAUCUUGGCGAGGUCUCAUGGGAAUUAUUUGGCGCAGAUCAACAUUAGGAUGAAUGAGAGGCAGGAGCAGACGGCGGAUGUGCUGGGGAAGUUGACGGUUCUGGGGACGAUUGUACUGCCUAUGAACAUCAUUACUGGGCUGUGGGGGAUGAAUGUGUUGGUGCCGGGGCAGGAGUCGGAGGCGGGGUUGGUUUGGUUUUGGUGUAUCACCGGGGGAUUGUUGGUUUUUGGGCUGGCGUGUUAUUUGAUUGCGAAGAGGGUUUAUAAUAUUGUUUGAAAAGACGAG